UUGCGAUCAGAGAACAACCAUGAUGCGCCAUGAAGCAGUUUCAGCCGGGCUCUCACGUGUAAUCUAGUUUUUACCUGGGUUGUGAAAGGUAAUCGAUCGACCAUGAACGCGCACGACUUUAGGGGCAAGAGGGCGCUGGUGACGGGCGCUGGCGCCGGCAUCGGUAGAGCCACAGCGCUGAAGCUGGCUGAGCUCGGAGCUGAAGUUGUCGCUCUGAGCCGCACGCAAGAAAACUUGGACAGCCUCAAGGCCGAAAACCCGUCGAUUGAAAUAAUCUGCGUGGAUCUCGCAGAUUGGAACGCUACUAGGGAAGCCGUUCAGAAAGUUACUCCAAUUCACCUCUUGGUGAAUAAUGCAGCCGUUGCUUUACUUGCUCCGGUUUUGGAGGCCACGCCGCAAGAAUUUGAUUCAUCAUUCAAUUUGAAUGUGAAGUCUAUUUUAAACGUCACACAAGUGGUGGCGUCUGACCUUGUGGAUAGAAAAUUGAAAGGUAGCAUUGUGAACCUUUCCUCUCAAGCUGCCCAGCGUGCGCUGAAGGAUCACAUUGUAUACUGUGGAACCAAAGCUGCAGUCGACGCCUUCACAAGAUCUAUGGCUUUGGAACUCGCGCCUAAAGGAAUAAGAGUAAACUCUGUAGGUCCAACAGUCGUGAUGACUGCAAUGGGACGCAUUGGUUGGUCUAAACCCGAGAAAAGUGAUCCAAUGAGAGCCAGGAUUCCGCAAGGGAAAUUUGCAGAAGUUGAAGACGUGGUCAAUGCAAUAGUUUAUCUGUUGAGUGAUAAGAGUGAUAUGAUAAAUGGCCAUAUGCUUCCCGUUGAAGGAGGUUUCUUCUGCUCUUGAACUAUCGCAAUUUCUCUGAAUAUUAUUCCAUUUAAUGUUAUUAUUAUGAUGAUAGUUGAAGGAUGCGAUGACGCAAGUAAAAUUUGUGAGCAAAUUA